AUGAGCAAUCCGCUCGAAGAGUAUUUGCAUGCACUCGAAGCCCGCGAUCUCCGCGAAAAGGCCCAUGCGGACUACGUCAACGCAUAUACCAAACUAGCCGACGGGAGGGCAGCUUUCUCGGCUCCCACCCAAGCAGUUCCAGACAAGCCAUCCCCUUCCCCAAGCCAGUCCUCCAAGUCAAUACGUCCAGGCACUUCGCAAGGAAAAUCAUCUUCAGUUGCGGAACCCGCUUCUCAGCCCUCCAACCUCGCCCAACUCCGAGCAGACUUCGCCUCCAGCCAGAAAGCCCGAUCAGACCUCGAGGCCAAGCUCUCAGAAACCAACGCCGACUUCGCCGCUCUCAAAGCAGCCAACAACGAGCUCAAGGACAGCUUCGCGCAGCUGGAAAAGCUGAAGGAGAAUCUGGAACGGAGGAACAGAGAUCUGGUGGAGGAAUUGAAGGAGAAGGGGAAGCUGGUGGAGGAGGUGCAGAAUGAGAUGGUUUCCUUGAACCUGCAGCUGAAUGUGGCAGAGAGGGAGAAGGAGAAGCUGAAGAAGGAUAAUGAGGAGUUGACGAGGAGGUUUAUGGAGAAGAUGGAGGAGGAUGCGAGGAGGAUGAAUGAGAGUAUUGAUAGGUGGACUGCGCGGAGGUGA